AUCUCUGAUGAUAAACAUAUGAUAAAAUGAUGAGAAUUUCGUGAAAAUAAUGAAGGUGUAGUGACUAGUGAAAUAUUUAUGACGAUUAUCUGUAUCAAUGUCUUGGUCGAUAUUCGUGCAAUAAAAUAUGGAAGUAAAUAAGGAUGAAGCAUUACGUUGUAUUGACAUAGCAGAACAAUAUAUCGGCGACGGUAAUCCUGAAAAAGCUUUGAAGUUCUUGGUAAAAGCUGAAAAACUAUAUUCCACAUCGAAAGCUCAGAAAUUAAUGGAAAACAUACGCAGUAAUCGAAGUACCGAUCAGAAUAAUAUGUCAGAACCGAGGAGAAGAACGACUUCUUCAUCGAAGGAGAAUACCAGACGAAGAGAAACCCCUGAAAGUUCAACGAACACGGAGUAUUCGGUCGAGCAAUUGAAACAAGUUCAAAGGAUAAAGAAAUGCAAAGAUUAUUACGAAAUUUUAAACGUUACCAAAGAAGCUACGGAUACAGAGAUUAAAAAAUCUUAUAAGAAAUUAGCCCUGCAAUUGCACCCGGAUAAGAAUAAAGCUCCCGGAGCUUCCGAAGCGUUUAAAGCUAUCGGUAACGCUGUAGCCAUCUUGACUGAUGUAGAGAAACGAAAACAGUACGAUUUAUAUGGAAAUAACGAUGAAAAAAUGAGUUUCCAAAGGCAUCACCAUAAUCACCAUUACCAAGAGUACACUCGAGGUUUCGAAGCUGAUAUGACGGCCGAGGAGUUAUUCAACAUGUUCUUCGGUACUGGGUUCUCGACCCAUCAGUCUAACGUAUUUAUGAGAAGGAACGGACGCUGGCAUAGGAACAACGAUGAAGAUACGUCACCUCAGUCCCAGCAUAACGGAGCAGCUGUAUUUAUUCAAUUGUUACCUAUACUGCUUCUGAUAGUCCUGUCAAUGCUGAGUAGCUUAUUCAUAUCGGACCCGGUUUUUAGUUUAUCGCCUAGUUCAAAAUACCCUAUAACGAGGCAUACGACUCGUCUGAACGUACCUUACUACGUGAAGGAGAACUUCCGUCCAGAUCCUCAUGGAGGAAUGACUCGACUCGAAGCUAAUAUAGAGGAAGAAUACGUAAACAAUUUGAGACAUAAUUGCUACAAAGAGAGAAAUCAUAAAGACGCGAUGAUUUGGCGAGCUCAAACAAUGGGUGACAAUGAUUUAAUAGCCAAGGCUAAAAACGUUCGUACUCCGUCUUGCGAAGAAUUCAUCAAAAUCGCAAAAGUAUACUAAAAAAAACGUGUCAGUAGGAAUCGAUUUACAUAAUUAUGUCGAGUAUUUUCCCAGCAGCUCUGUCUGCUUUUCGGUUUCAUUUUCCAUCUAGCUUUUUUGUUUUUCUAUUCUAUUUUAAAAUUCGCUACCUCUUUGAUCGAGUGCAUCGAGCGACCAAAGAUACUUUUUCUUAAUUGCUUCGACACGGUAUCGUUUUUUUUUUUUUUUUUACAUAAAGAAGCACGAUUUUAACGUAGAUUUUUUUUCAUCAUUCCUUACUAUUCGAACACGUACAAUACACGUAAAUUUAUAAUGUUUCGUUCGAUGAACAUUAAAAUUUUAGCUCCAAUUACCAUUAUAAUAUUGGUAAAAAGAUAAAGAAGGAUGAAUUGUAUUUUUUUUUAAGGUUUGGUUGUUGUUUUGUUAUUUUAUUAAGCUUGUAAUUGAAUACUUAUUAGUUAUUAUGUAUUUUUAUUUAUACCUAGUCCGUAUAUAUCUUCUCUGUUUCUCACACUUGUUUUUUUUCUUUUUGUAUCUGUGUACAUUGCUUAGGUAUAGUAAAUUAAAUCGCAUGUCCCGUUAUCAAUGUAGAAUAAUUAUUACCGAUUAUAUUUACGUGUUAAAUGGUUUAUA